UCGCGCGCAUUUAAUUUGAGAAUCGACAUAAUUCUGCACAGAUGUUCCCCUGCCACGUGACUAGCCACCUUAUCACAAGACUGACAAGUGUCCGCCUCGGAACUGCGGAUUGUGACUUUCCACAAUACGCCGAAAUAACACGCAAAAGUCACGGUGAUCACGCAUAGGAAGAAUGGAGCCGGGAAUAUUGACUAAAGUUUUAUCUGAUUUUUUCACGACCGUCAAUGGAGAAUUAAGCUUACAGAAAGGGGAAUAUUUUUUGGUAUACAGUGUCGUUGAUAAACAUUGGUGUUACGGAGAAUCUAGAGGCAGGUCAGGAAAAUUUCCUUCGAGCCACUUACACAAAGUAGACAUCCCACGUCUACAGGAUUCAGAAAGUUUGUAUGUUACUACUGCUGCUUUCCCAGGACAACAGGAUGGAGAUUUAUGUUUUGGACAAGGUGAACUUAUUAUUGGAAAACAAGAUGUUGGGUCAGGGUGGUAUUUCGGGCAAAUAGAUGCCCAGAAGGGUAUAUUUCCUUUAACUCAUGUUUGGCAACUUGACUCUAAGCUGUUAAAAAAAGCUUCAGAAACAAAGACUACAAGGAAAAGAGCCAGAAUAAAAACUAAUCUGAAAGCCCAACUUGAUGGUGAGCUUGAUUUGGUAGAAGGUGAAAUGGUUAUUGUCACAGAAAUCCUUGAUGAUGGCUGGUGUCGUGGCAUAACGGAUAGUGGCAAAGAAGGAAUAUUUCCAGAAGGAUUUGUAUCUUACAUAAACGAUAGUCCUGAUCAAUCGGAUGAAACCUCUGUUGUAGACAAUAAUUCUUUUCCCACAAGAGUGACUCACAACGAUACAGCAUACAAAAAUAUGAAUGAAGCAGCUAUGCAGUCUUAUAUUGAAGAACCUGCACCAGAUUACUAUGACUUAUUUCCUCAGUACAAGACAACUGUGUCAGAUCCAAUGGAAAGCAUUGAGGACAAUAUUAGUUUCAAUACAUUGGAUGUGAAACCUUAUGCUAUAACACUGUAUCCAUUUAAUGCUCAGUUUCCAAAUGAACUCAGUUUUGGAGCAAAAGAAGUAGUACAUCUCAUUAAACACAUAGAUUCAGAAUGGAUGGAGGGUACAAUAGACAAUCACAAAGGAAUUUUCCCGAUAUCUUAUGUUAAUAUUAUAGUUGACUGUAUUGAAAUCAGUAACGAGCAAAAUUUUUUUGACCAAGAUACAGCAACCACGGAAUACAAUGAAUUGGAUCCUGAUACACAAGCAAGGGUGGAGUAUACCUUUAAAGCUCAAAUGGAUGGAGAUCUGAGUGUCAAGGAAGGUGAUACAGUUACAGUGAUUAAUAUGGCCAAUGCUGAUUGGGUUAAUGUCAAAAAUGCAUCUGGUAAAAUUGGAUUAUGUCCAAGAGGAUAUUUGAGUGUAUCAAACACAAAGUCGUUAGAUGAUUCGCAAAAUAUAUUGGAAGAUUUUGUUGUGAUACAACAAGAUGAAGUAGCACCUAAGAGGGUCGAUGAGCAAAAAUUAAAAAGACUCUCCGAACCCCACAGACCUGCACCACCUGUACCAGCACCGGGUAGUGUACCAUUACAGAAAGAUGUAGUAGAAAAUGAAGAACCGAGUCUCGAAAAUGCCAAUCAACAAAUGGACAUUGCUGCCAACAACAAUUUAGAUGUUAAACAAAAAAGAGCAGAUCAAAGGCAAAACGUUAUAUCAGAAUUAGUGAUUACAGAAAAAGAAUAUGUUCGUGAUCUAAAGUUAACAUAUGAAACAUUCAACUUGUAUAAUCCGAAUUCACUUGAAUCUUUGGGAGUUGAUGUAACUAUUCUAUUUGGUAACAUUUUUGAUGUAAUUCAAGUUGCAGAAGAAUUGCUAGAUAUGAUAUUAAAAGCAAUGAAAGGAUGUGAUGAAGAAUUACAAACAGUUGGUCCUUGCUUUACGAAAAUGGCGGAGAAAUUAAAAAUUGUAUACGUGAAGUAUUGUGGGAAUCAUGAAGCUGCAUUGAUUCUAUUGAAAAAGUAUGAAACUAAUGAAGAAAUAAUGACAGUAUUUAAUAAAGGUAUUGAAACGCUACGGUAUCAAGUAGCUUGCUUCGACAUGAGUUCCAUUCUUAUAAAGCCAGUACAAAGAAUAUUGAAGUAUCCUCUUAUUUUGUAUGAACUAGUAAAAUGUACAGACGACAAUCAUCCAGACAAAUCUGCUGUCGAAGAAGCAUGGAAGACCAUGACAGCAGUUGCAAGUCACAUUAAUGAAUACAAACGUCGGAAAGAUUUAGUGUCCAAAUAUUUGGACAAUGACAAUACAUUAAUGAGUAAAAUGGCGAAACUUAACAUGCAUUCUGUAGCAAAGAUGUCCACAAGAUUGAGUACACGAUUGUCCGCGAGUUUAGGAUUAACAAAUGUCGCGGUUGAUCAGGACUUUGAACAACUCGAGAGACAGUUCAGAUCAGUAGAGAAAUGUACAUUUCAGUUAGCUAAAGAUGUAGAACAGUGUCUCAUACACCUAAGCGACGAAGCUAUUUCCGGAGAAGUGUUAUCAGAUUUUUUAAUUCAAUACUAUCAGGGAACACCAAAUAUCGAUGCCAAAAGACUUAGAGACAUAAGAUCGACCAUUUGGUCGCAAUUUAUUCAAGAAUUGAAAGUGUGUUUGAAAAACAGGGUCAGUGCACCUGUGAAUUACUUGGCCACAUUAUUAGAAGGACCCGCAGUAUUAAUAACAAAAAGACACGACAAACUGCUCGACUAUGAUGCAGCUAUUUCUAAGGGUGACAAGUAUAAGGAAUCAAGAAUUGUACAGGAUGAAUUGACGACAGCAAAAAGUAAUUAUGAAGCUUUAACGCAACAGCUGUUAGAAGAAUUACCGAUUCUGAAUGAUGCAGCAACUAAAGUACUAGUAAACUGUAUUGAUGCGUUUGCACAAUCGCGGAAGCUUCUGUGUGGAAAAAUCACCAAGCGAUAUUUAACUCUUUGCGAGACUUUAAUACAACUAUCACCUCAGGAUAUUUUGGAAACAUUUCUCGUUAAUCAUAGUUUAUUAUGGAAUCAAAUAACACGUUUCACAUUUGCUGGAACGAAUCCAAGAAUAGAAGGAACUGAAUCUAAGUGGUGUCCUCAAAGCGAAAGACAAAGAAUCGCGCUGAGAACUAAAUAUCAAAGCGAUAAGUUAUACAUAGUUACAGAGAAUGUAGUAAGCACCUCAUCUUUGGAUAUGGCUGCAACUUGUGGAACACUAGUGGCAGUAAUAAAGAAACAAGAUCCUAUGGGUGAUACAAGCCGGUGGUUCGUAGAUAAUGGAGUUGCGCAAGGAUUUUUGUCAGCUAAAAUGUUACAACUGCAACAAGUACCACAAGUUUGUUUGUCAACUGAAAAUAACACCACCACAACCAAGUCGAAUAAUACAAGUAUGCCUGAUUUAAUUUGCAUGGAUUCUCCUAUAAAAGAACAAAAAUCCUUGUCUCAAACUCAUCUACAAGAGUUGUUGGAUUGCAAUAUAGAGGAAAGAGUAAAGAAAGAUGGUCACUAUUAUGGUAAUGUUGAACAAAUUCCUACAGUUAAACUGUAUCAGAAUCUAAACUACAAGUUAUAUUAUGCAGAAUAUGAUUUUGCUGAAACUAUUCCUAGAACAUUACCCAUUAUUAAGGGGCAAGCUUUAAGACUUGUUAGACCUCAUGAUGAAAAGGGAAAUGAUGAAUGGUGGCUUAUGGAAGAUGGUUAUGGUAAUAAAGGAUAUGUACCUAAAAAUUACUUACACAUUGCACCUACUACAAAACAAUGAAAUCAUGAACAGAGCUUGCUGACUAUACAGAUCUGUAGCACCUUAAUA